AUGACCGAUCCAAUUCAUGACCAGCUGCAUCUUGUUCUCCCACCGAACCAAGGACCGGAACAAAAUACAAGACAGCCUCCUAAGCUCAACGAAAUUGCUGAUGACGCUCUGAAAGUCAUUUGCCAGUAUUUGACGGUUUCUGACAUGAAAGCUCUACGUCAAACAGAUCACCGUCUCAAGGAUUAUGUCGACAAGAACCAUGUUCUUUUGAGCAGAGUUCGCACAAGAGCAGGAUACACGUGGAGAGAUAUGGAAGUUUAUAAUCCAAAGUUGAAUUUCAUUGGAUUCUAUCGGUACUCAUUCAUUGCCAGCGAAAAUCAAGCUCCAUAUGAAACAUCUGGGAAUGAGAAAAUUUUCUACAACAAUAUAGUCCCAACAAAGGAAAAGAUGGCUUCGGUGUUCUCAUCGUUUCUUGUGAACGAAAUUCUGAAGAAAAACACAAAAGUUCGGUUGUUAGACAUGCAUGCAGAAGCCAGCGACAAUUUGCUGUUUUAUGAAGAGCUCUCGAAGUACAAAAAUCAUAGAAAGCUUCAAAUCGAAAAAAUUGAUGUGGAACUCCACGAAGCGUCUCAUGCCAAGAUUCUGCUGGACGUGAUUCAACCUGGAAUUCUUACUUCCCUUGUCAUUCAAAAUGUAUACGAUAUGAAGAUUUUCGAUGGAACAACAUUGUUCUCACACCUACCUCAUUUAAAGAAGCUUGAAACUAUGGGAGUAGAAUUCAGUAUGGCAAUAUCGGAGUUUUCUCAUAUCGGAACUGUGCAGGUGGUAGUCAGCAGAAUCACCGAGAAAGAUAUGGGAGAAUACAGAAGUAAUCUUCUGGAGGCGUCGAACUUCAGUCGCCACGAAUUUCGUGUCAGAAACGACCGUCAUUUAUCGAAGCCAUCAAUGAUCCCGUACCAAUUUACCCUUGAUGACUGGAUUCCGGAAGGUAGAUUUUCGAUUUCCAAUGGAUCUGCAGUUGACUACAAAAUUUACGAGGACCGAAUCAUUUUCGAGAAAUUCACACCAACAGUACCAGAUGUCUGA